AUGUCACGAAUGGCAUCCGAACAGGAGCCUGUACCAAAUCCACCUACGGAAGGCAAUCCACAGAAUGCCCCAGAGGUAGUUCCGAAGGACAAACCGACCGAAGAGCCUAAACCUGAUCAGGCGGAAGCAAAAACAUAUUUGUCAUCAUCGGGAGACAGUUCGCCCCCAGCGGCUAUCCCAACGACGACACAAGAUGCUGAUCCAUCACAUGCGUUCAUACACAUAGAACAGGUCGAUGGAUCAAAGAAUGAGGCAGACAUGUGA